UCUUUUCUUUCAACAUCGCGCUGAUAAGCAUGGCGGCCGCUGCACGGGGUCUUGUUAGUUUUUCCAAAAAUUCUAGAAUUAUUCAAUGCGGAAAGCUACAAACUCUUCCCAGUCGACAAAUAACAUCUUCCUCAACAUGUUCCAAUCGUUUUGAGUAUUCAAUUCAAAAUGUCUUCACCGGAAAACAUCAUUCAAAGACAUUGCUAUCAUCAACUACUACUGGCAAUCAGCCAAUAACAACACUCAUUAGGUCGUUCCAUCGGUCUGGUAGGUUAAACAAGAGCGACUAUUACCAGACACUGGGUGUGCCGAAGAAUGCCUCCGCCAAAGACAUCAAAAAGGCCUACUACCAACUUGCCAAGAAAUACCAUCCGGAUACGAAUAAGGACGAUGCAGAUUCCGGUAAGAAGUUCCAAGAAGUAUCCGAAGCUUAUGAAGUCCUUAGUGACGAACAGAAGCGCAGAGAAUACGAUACCUAUGGUCAGACAACCGAGGACAUGAAUCGCGCUGGUUACGGUGCAGAUCCUCGGGGGCCACAAGGUUUCUCGCAAAGUUGGCAAUUCCGUUCGACAAUCGAUCCGGAAGAGCUAUUCCGAAAGAUAUUCGGAGAGGCUAAUUUCCGUUCGAACAACUUUGAUGAUUUUGCUGAAUCCCAAUACGGAUUUGGUUCGGCUCAGGAAGUCGUCAUGGAUUUGACCUUCGCCCAGGCUGCUCGAGGUGUGAACAAGGAUGUGAAUGUUAAUAUUGUUGAUACUUGUCCAAAGUGCAAUGGUACCAAAUGUGAACCCGGCACAAAGCCAGGCAGAUGUCAAUACUGCAAUGGCACCGGCAUGGAGACGAUAUCCACUGGACCGUUUGUUAUGCGGUCGACAUGUCGCUAUUGUCAAGGAACACGGCAGUUUAUUAAGUAUCCUUGUGUCGAAUGUGAAGGAAAGGGGCAAUCGGUUCAAAGGAAAAAAGUUACUGUUCCUGUACCUGCUGGCGUUGAGCACGGCCAAACUGUACGAUUGGCAGUCGGACGGAAGGAAAUUUUCAUUACUUUCAGGGUUGAGAAAAGUAAUUAUUUCCGACGUGAUGGCGCCGAUGUACAUACUGAUGCCACAGUAUCCGUGUCACAAGCCAUUUUAGGUGGAACUAUUCGUAUUCAAGGGAUUUACGAAGAUCAUGUUAUCAACAUUGAACCCGGUACUUCAUCACAUCGCACGAUCUCUCUACGUGGCAAAGGCUUAAAACGUGUCAAUGCUCAUGGACAUGGCGAUCAUUUUGUCAAUAUCAAAAUAGAUAUUCCAAAGACUCUAACAACAGAGCAAAGAGCUCUCAUACAAGCCUUUGCUGAAUUAGAAAGAGACACACCCGGACAAAUAAAUGGCAUUGCUCAGAAAAAAGAUGGAACAAAAGAGAAUACAUUUGAUCCAAAUAAUCUAACAGAGGCUAUUAAAGCAGCUUUAAAAGCUCAAAAAUUAUCUGCUGAGAGUCAUAAAAAAGAUCCUGAGCCUGAGCCUAGUCAAGCUAAACAAACUGAUCAAAAUGAGAACCAAAAAGAAAAUGAAAAAGAAGCUGAAAACAUUCAACAAAAAGAUAAACCAGAAGAAAAUCGACAACAACAAGAAAAUACAAAUAAACAGGAACGAAGUAAAAUGUAAUAAAAGAAAAAUAGUAUUUCCUUUUUGUAAAGUUAAAAAAAAAUAUAUAAAUAGGUACAUAACUAGUUAUUGUAUGCAAGAUUUUUAAAAAAAGAACCUUUAUGUUGAAAAUAAGAAACUUUUCAUAAAUAUCGAUCUUGUUAUUGUUACUGUUUGUUUGUUGGAGGUUCUGUGAACUUAUCAAAACCAAACAAUUCGCGUUAAAUAAAGAUAAGUAAAUAAAUUAAAUAUAUAGCUUCUCUAAAAAUGCAA